CUGUUCGGUCGGUUCUUUCCUUUUUCUCGUAUAAUUCAAUACCCUUUACUCUCAUAUCUUACUUCAUACAUUUCCUUCGCCGCUGCUGCUGCGAGAUACCCUAAUUCCUUACGAUCAAUGGCGAGACCAACCAGAGGGAGAGAUUCAUCUGACGAUAAUCUCUCCAACAGCUCUAAUUCUUCGGAAGAGGAGGAUCAGUCCAAUGAGCCGAUCAACGACGAGGAAGAUGAGGAUGAGCUUGAGGCUGUCGGGCGGGCGGCUGGUUCAGACGAUGAAGAUAAGUCGGAAGCGGAGGGGGAGGACGCUGGAGAUGACCAAGAGGAAGAAGAUAACGAAGAGGACGACGAUAAUCAUAUUGAAGUUACAAAGAGGGAAAAGGCCAGGUUAAGAGAACUGGAGAAGCUAAAGAAGCACAAGAUCCAACAAAUACUUGAUGAUCAAAAUGCUGCUAUUGAGGCUGACAUGAAUAACAAAGGAAAAGGACGUCUGAAGUACCUUCUGCAGCAGACUGAGCUUUUUGCGCAUUUUGCAAAAGGCAAUCAAUCAGAAUCUAAGAAAAAGUCUAAAGGAAGAGGGCGCCAUGCAUCAAAGAUAACUGAAGAGGAAGAAGAUGAGGAAUAUCUGAAGGAGGAGGAAGAUGGCCUUUUGGGGACAGGAAACACGAGGCUGGUAACCCAACCUUCAUGCAUUAAUGGGAAGAUGAGGGAUUACCAGCUUGCAGGGCUAAAUUGGCUUAUCCGUCUAUAUGAGAAUGGCAUUAAUGGAAUUCUUGCCGAUGAAAUGGGUCUUGGCAAAACAUUGCAAACCAUUUCCUUGAUUGGAUACUUGCAUGAGUUCAGAGGAAUAACUGGCCCACAUAUGGUAGUUGCUCCUAAGUCUACCCUUGGAAACUGGAUGAAUGAAAUAAAACGCUUUUGCCCUAUUCUGCGAGCCAUAAAGUUCUUGGGUAAUCCUGAAGCGAGAAAAAAUAUUAGAGAAAAUCUUCUUGUUGCUGGCAAGUUUGAUGUGUGUGUCACCAGUUUUGAAAUGGCAAUCAAGGAGAAAACAGCUUUACGACAAUUCAGCUGGCGUUAUAUUAUUAUUGACGAAGCUCAUAGAAUCAAGAAUGAGAAUUCGCUUCUUUCAAAGACAAUGAGACUUUACAAGACUAAUUACCGCCUUCUUAUCACGGGCACACCACUCCAGAAUAAUCUUCAUGAACUCUGGUCUCUCCUGAACUUUCUUCUACCAGAGAUAUUCAGUUCAGCUGAGACUUUUGACGAAUGGUUCCAAAUUUCCGCUGAAAAUGAUCAGCAGGAAGUUGUUCAGCAACUUCACAAGGUCCUGCGUCCAUUCCUUCUUCGGAGACUAAAAUCAGAUGUUGAGAAAGGUCUUCCUCCAAAGAAAGAAACAAUACUGAAGGUUGGAAUGUCUCAGAUGCAGAAGCAGUACUAUAAAGCUCUUUUGCAGAAAGAUCUUGAGGUAGUUAACGCGGGUGGUGAGCGCAAACGUCUUUUGAACAUAGCAAUGCAGCUCCGUAAAUGUUGCAAUCAUCCUUAUCUUUUCCAAGGUGCUGAACCUGGUCCCCCAUACUCAACAGGGUAUCAUCUUAUUACAAGUGCCGGUAAAAUGGUUCUUCUGGAUAAGUUGCUUCCAAAGCUUAAAGAGCGUGAUUCAAGAGUCUUGAUAUUUUCACAGAUGACAAGACUGCUGGAUAUUCUGGAAGACUAUUUGAUGUUUCGUGGAUACCUAUACUGUCGAAUAGAUGGUAAUACUGGUGGAGAUGAUCGUGAUGCUUCUAUUGAAGCCUUCAAUAAGCCAGGAAGUGAGAAUUUUCUCUUACUAUCAACUAGAGCUGGAGGUCUCGGAAUCAAUCUCGCUACUGCUGAUGUUGUCAUACUUUAUGACAGUGACUGGAAUCCACAAGUGGAUUUGCAGGCUCAGGAUCGUGCUCACAGGAUUGGGCAAAAGAAAGAAGUGCAAGUGUUCCGUUUCUGUACGGAGUAUACAAUUGAAGAGAAGGUUAUAGAGAGGGCUUACAAGAAACUUGCUCUUGAUGCUCUGGUGAUUCAGCAAGGGCGCUUAGCUGAGCAGAAAACUGUAAAUAAAGAUGAGCUUCUGCAAAUGGUGAGAUUUGGGGCUGAAAUGGUUUUCAGUUCCAAGGAUAGUACAAUCACUGAUGAGGAUAUAGAUCGGAUAAUUGCUAAAGGAGAAGAAGCAACAGCCGAGCUUGAUGCUAAAAUGAAGAAAUUUACAGAAGAUGCCAUCAAAUUUAAAAUGGAUGACACUGCUGAUUUGUACGAUUUUGAUGAUGAGAAGGAUGACAACAAGUUGGAUUUCAAGAAAAUUGUGAGUGAGAACUGGAUGGAACCACCAAAAAGAGAGAGAAAGCGCAAUUACUCAGAGUCGGAGUACUUCAAGCAGACAAUGCGCCAAAGUGGCCCUUCCAAGCCAAAAGAACCUCGAAUUCCCCGCAUGCCUCAGCUACAUGACUUUCUUUUUAAUACCAAAAGAUUAAACGACCUGUAUGAGAAGGAGGUUCGCUAUCUUAUGCAAAUGCAUCAGAAGAGUCUGUUAAAAGACACUAUAGAUGUUGAUGAAUCAGAAGAAGUAGGCGAACCUUUGACUGCUGAAGAGCAAGAGGAGAAAGCGCGGUUAUUACUAGAGGGGUUUUCGGAGUGGAGCAGGAAAGACUUCAACACAUUCAUCCGAGCCUGUGAAAAGUUUGGGCGUGAUGACGUGAAAAGUAUAUUUUAUGAGAUGGAGGGGAAAACUGAGGUGGAAGUCCAAAGAUAUUCACAAGUGUUUAAACAGAGAUACAAGGAGUUGACCGAUUAUGACAGGAUCAUAAAGAACAUAGAAAGAGGGGAGGCUAGGAUUUCACGUAGGGAUGAGAUAACGAAAGCUGUAGUGAAGAAGAUGGAACGGUACAAGAAUCCAUGGCUGGAGUUGAAGAUCCAGUAUGGUCAGAACAAAGGGAAGCUAUACAAUGAAGAAUGUGACCGUUUUAUGAUAUGCAUGAUUCAUAAGCAAGGAUAUGGAAACUGGGAUGAGCUGAAGGCAGCGUUUAGAAUGUCGCCAUUGUUCCGUUUUGAUUGGUUCAUAAAGUCUAGAACAACUCAAGAACUUGCAAGAAGAUGUGAUACCCUAGUUCGAUUGGUGGAAAGGGAGAAUCAAGAAUUCGAUGAAAGAGAGACAAGCUAGAAGAGAGAAAAAAAGCUAUCAGCCAAGAAUAUAACUCCAUCAAAACGGGCCUCAUCAGCUAGGCAAACCACAGAUGACAGCCCGCCAACUGGGAAAAGACGGAAACAACUGGCAAUGGAUGAUUUUGUAGGAUCGGUAAUGUUUUUAUUUAAUUAAUUGAGUUAAUUUUUGUUGUUAAUAAUAAUGUACUUUAUUCUUAGCGGGGAGGAAAGGAAAUGAAGGUGGUGACAUUUUUGUAGUUGUGAAAUGUAAGGAAUAAUCUGUUAUUAUAUAGUACUAUUUGCGAAAAAACUUAGUUCUGUUUAAAAUAAUGUUAUAAAACUAGCUUAAGACAAUAUACUCCAUGUCCUACAUUGCUGUUUGUUGUCUUUGUAAUUUUGGUAACGAAAACAGUGACGGUUUCAGGCAACUAAUUCUUGUUAGUAUUAUGUGUGUUUUGUGUGGUACAAUUUGUACUCAAAAAUGUCUUAAAAAAGCAUGUUUUUUAGUUU